GGGGAUUAUUAAUCUAAUCCUCAGGUCAAUCUGAAGUGCCGUCAUACACCUGAUACAGUUUGACUUUGACAGGAUUAUGUGACAACAUAUUUUAAAAAAACCUGGGUUUCCCUGCCACAAUACCUUAUUUUCUAUGCAUUUUUUCAAUCAGAGCUACAGUUUAGAACCAGUAAUCUCAUUAGGCUUUAUAGUGUACCUGGACAUGAAUGGAAUUACGCAAUGUCCUGUAUAACUCUGGAAGACGGAAUGGAGCUACUCAGAAACCCUAAUCACGUCUAGCAUGUCACUGCAGUGUCUUGGGCCCGAGAAAGAGGCGGAACAGCUGGAGAAGGAAUAGGAGGGAAGGAGAGUGAGGAGGGACGGAGGAGAGUGAGGAGGGACGGAGGAGAGUGGAGCAGUUUACCUGCCAUGCGAGGACAACUCUCUUUGCUCCUCGUGCUCCUGCCCAGAUGGACACUCACGGCACAUGGCCUGUUGCCUGCGGGCCUGAAAGAGCCCCUCGCGCUCCCCUUUCCGCCCCGCGGGGCCUGGCUCUUGUGCUUCCUGCUGGCCGCCCUGAGCCUCCCCUGUGCGGCCCCUCCUCCACCGGCCGUGUUUCGGGUUGGGGUGCUGGGGCCCUGGGCGUGCGACCCCAUCUUCGCCAAGGCCCGGCCGCGAGCAGCCGCUCACCUCGCCGUCCGGCGGAUCAACACGGACCCCAGCCUCAGGCUGGGCACAACCUUUGACUACGUGAUCCUGGAGGAGGACUGCAACACCUCCAUGGCUCUGAACGGGUUUCUGGGGCUCUACACGCGCGCCACGGCCCUUGUGGGUCCAGUCAACUCGGGGUACUGUGACACAGCCUCCCUGAUAGCCAAAAGCUGGAACAAAGCCAUGUUCUCCUGGGCGUGCGUGAACUAUGAACUGGAUAGCACCAAGCGACAUCCCACCUUUGCCCGUACUGUGCCGUCCCCGAUCCAAGUACUGCUAGCUCUGGCGCAUCAUUUUCGAUGGGCGAAUAUGGCUAUUAUCGCAUCAGCUGAUGACGUGUGGACAGACACAGCCAGUAAAGUUGCUGAUGCCCUGCGGAGCAAUGGAAUCCCAGUCCGGACAGUACUAUCCACUGGGAAUCAUCCCAGCAGCAUUCGCCACACACUGGCAAAGAUCAGGAAAAUGCACGAAAUACGCAUGGUCAUUCUCUGUAUGCACUCCGUGCUGAUUGGUGGAGACACUCAGAGGUUGCUCCUGGAGACGGCCGUGGACAUGCACCUGGCGGAUGGCUCGCUGGUCUUCGUCCCGUAUGACACCAUCCUCUAUAGCCUACCCUACAGGGGGGUGAAGUACCCGCCUCUACACAAGAACAGCAAGCUGCGGCGAGCUUACGACGCUGUGCUCACCGUAACCAUGGAGUCAGUGGACAACUCUUUCCAGCAGGCCUUUGAAGAGGCAGUCAGAUCCAAUGAGUUGCCUGUGAACACCCAGCCACACCAGGUGUCCCCUCUGUUCGGAACCAUCUACAGUUCCAUACUCUUCAUAGCCAAUGCCAUGCAGAACGUCCGGGACUCAAAAGCCUGGCUGUCGGGGACUUCCCUGGCCCGCCACAGUAAGAACAUGGCCUUCUACGGCUUCAGCCAGCACGUGCGCACCAACCACUCCGGGCACAGCUUCCUGGACUACGUGGUGCUGGACACGGACGGCUUGACGUGGGAGCUGUGGCCCACCCAUCAGGUGGACUUGGAGGCGGACAUGGUGAGGUUCCUGGGUCGGCCCAUUCACUUCCCGGGGGGAGCCCAGCCCAAGGAAGACUCCAACUGCUGGUUCACCCGGGGGUUGCUCUGCAGCAGAGGUGUGGAUCCCUUUUUACUGCUCACAGGCUUCGCGUCAACCUUGCUGUCCAUUCUACUAUGCAUAGCAUUCUCUUAUUGCAUAAGACGCCGCAUCAGCCAGAUUCGGCUGCUGAGGGGGCCCGACAAGAUCCUCCUCACCCUCAACGAUGUCACUUUCAUCAACCCGUCACUUAGCAACAAGAAAUUCAGCUUCAGCAAGACAAGUACCUCGAACAAAAGGGAAUCGGAUGCAGAUCAGAGCAUGACAUCUCCUUCCACAAUCUCCAGCCUCCCCCCUGCCACAUAUGAGAACUCUAACGUGGUGAUAUUCGAGGGAGACUGGGCCUGGCUGAAGAAGCUCCCUUCUGGAAACUUUGGAGCCAUAAAUCCUCAGACCAGUGACAUCUUUCAGUUGAUGAAGGACUUGCGGCAUGAGAACAUCAACCUUUUCCUGGGGUUCUUCUUCGACUGCGGGGUCUUUGCCAUAGUGACGGAGUUCUGCUCACGGGGAAGCCUGUACGACCUGCUUCGUGAUCCAGACGUCAAGCUGGACUGGAUGUUCAAGUCUUCACUUCUGCUGGAUCUCAUUAAGGGUAUGAAGUACCUACACCAUCGGAAUGUCUGCCAUGGGCGUCUGAAGUCCACUAAUUGUGUUGUGGACGGUCGCUUCGUGCUCAAGGUCACUGACCAUGGAGUUAACGAGGUGCUGGAGGCACAGAAAUAUCCCUGUGAGGAGUCAAAGGCAGAGGAUCUCCUGUGGACGGCCCCUGAGAUCCUUCGAGGUCCUUGGCCCGGGAGAGGAGGUUACAGAGAGGGCGAUGUCUACAGCCUCUCCAUCAUCAUGCAGGAGGUGGUGCUCCGCAAGCCCCCCUUCUCCAUGCUCAACCUCACGGCUGAAGAGAUCAUUCAAAGGGUUAAGAAGCCACCACCCCUGUGCCGGCCCAUAGUAACGCCCGACCAUGCCCCCAUUGAAUGCAUUCAGCUCAUCAAACAGUGCUGGAAUGAGCAGCCGGACAAACGGCCAGCCUUUGAUGAAAUAUUUGACCAGUUUAAAAGCAUAAACAAGGGCCGGAGGACCAACAUCAUUGACUCCAUGUUACGCAUGCUGGAGCAGUACUCCUCCAACCUGGAGGAGCUGAUCCGGGAGAGGACAGAGGAGCUGGAGAUUGAGAAACAGAAGACAGAGAAACUGCUCACACAGAUGCUGCCCCCAUCUGUGGCAGAGGCCCUGAAGAUAGGUGGCACGGUGGAGCCAGAGUACUUUGACAUCGCGUCACUGUAUUUCAGUGACAUUGUGGGCUUCACCACAAUCUCAGCCAACAGUGAGCCUAUUGAGGUCGUGGAUCUGCUAAAUGACCUUUACACAUUGUUUGAUGCCAUCAUUGGAAACCACGAUGUGUACAAGGUGGAAACCAUUGGGGAUGCCUACAUGGUGGCAUCAGGAGUGCCUGUGACCAAUGGUAAUCGGCACGCCGCUGAGAUUGCCAACAUGGCUCUGGACAUCCUCAGUGCGGUGGGAACCUUCAAGAUGAGGCACAUGCCGGAGGUGCCUGUGCGCAUACGCAUAGGGCUGCACACAGGCCCUUGUGUUACAGGUGUGGUCGGUCUCACCAUGCCACGGUAUUGUCUGUUUGGUGACACAGUCACCGAAGCUUCUAGAAUGGAAUCCUCUGGAAUGCCACAACGCAUUCAAAUGAGUCAGAGAAUUGUAAACAUCCUCCUCGAGCUCAAAGAGGGAUAUCAAAUCCAACUCAGGACAAGGACUGAAUCCAAGGCAAAGGGUGCUGAGGAUACCUACUGGCUGGUUGGCAGAGUCGGUUUCACCAAACCACUGCCUAUUCCUCCAGAGAUAAAGUCAAAGCAAAUGGCCCAAAAACUGCAGAUGGAAGAAAUAGCCCGACAUAAGCGGAAGAAAGCAGAAAGACAACUUGCAGAGAAGAAAAACUGAGGGUACACAAGGAGAAAGACCUGAAAGACUUCAAGAACAUCCUGAGGAAAGCAGUGUGGAAGCGUUCAGCUGUGCGGCAGGUGGCUCAGUACAACACGGACAACGAUGAGAACAUCAUGAUGCACCAUCAUUUCUGAGCCACUUAUUCUGACUAAUGGACAAAGAGGAGAGGAGACUUGAUGGACUAAAGUCCUGUUUCUCUCAACCUUUUGGGUCCACAUUGCUGUCUGAGCACAAUAAGCUGGCUUAACUGUGAGUAGCAUCUGCACUCUAGAAAGGAAAUAAUUAACGCCUGGUGUAACAUAACAGACAUGAGGCUUGUUUAGAGGGGGUGAAUAAAGGGUAAUCAACCACAUGGGUUUAACACAAAGACAUGUACAUCCACACACACACCAACAAAAUGUAUUUUGGACCACAACUGACCAACAUGAGGCCCUAGGAGAGGAUGAUCUAAUAGAAGCCAACUGAACUUAGCACAGAGAUAAUGAGCUAUUUUAGUGAGUGGGUCUCUUGACACAAAUUGGACUCUGGAGAAUAUAAACAGCUAAUGUGGUGCUAAAAAAACUAUGCAGCAGAGGAACGAUAACAUUUUUUGACAUCUUUUGUGUCAAGUGUAUAGAAUGUACCAUAUCAUGUACAUUUCGAGAGACAGAAUUGAAUGAUUCAGUUCCUUUUUUCAAGUGUUUAAGAGCAGUAUUAAUUAAACUUUAUGUAAUAAUUAAAUGUAACAUACAGGGACGCUGUCAGUAUGAUCUGCUUGUUUGUACAGUGCAUUCUCUACUGGGCAUACAAUAUUUUAAUAUAAUUAAUUGCCCUGUUAAAGAAAAGCAAAAAUGUAUUUCAGUUUCUUGUUUUUCUUGUCUUAAGCUUCAUGUAGGUGUUAAUACAUAUAGUUAACAUAUUGUGCAUAAUGUAUGUUGUGAUAUGUUGUACAUUGUAUAGAUGUUUAUGAUGUGCAAGGAAGUGAUCAUUCUCGUUAUGUUAGUAUUCUAAAAGUGAUGCUGUUUACAUUGUGAUGACUCAGACCAUGGACAAACCACCCAUUUCUAUUUAAAUAAAUACAAAUGUACUGUUUGAAAUGCAUGGACAUAAAGACAACUGAUGUUGCUCGUCUGAGGAGUUGUGAUCAUGGUCUUAAGUAAAGCUAAAUUUAACACAGA